CUGAGAAGAUCAUAGAGUUCAAGGAGAAACUGGCAGCAAAGAAGAAGAAACCAAAGCCGAAACAAAAGCAGAAGGAAAGUAGUUCACCGACCAAAUCUUCUUCUCUUGCCGAACUCAGGCAUUGUAUAAGAAUAAUGUUAUGAGACUUCUUUAAUCUUUUUAUUCUUUGUAUUAAGCUCUGCUCUUUCAUUUCAUCUCCUCCUUUUCUCCGAUUCCACCACUGUUCGAAUCCCCACCGACUAGUCAGUCUUAGAUUAGAUCCACGCUCUAGGUUUCUCGUAGCAGGUCUUUCUUCUUCACUCGCUAACCAGCCGUGAUGUUUCCUAAAAAUACGGUUUUAUCGGAUAUAAGCGCGUGUGGGAUCUUCGGCAUAAUCACCUUCUCGUGCCUCAGUUUCUGGGGUGAGAUUGGCAAACGCGGCGGCAUCUUCGACCAGAAACUCAUACGGAAGUUUGUGCAUAUAAAUAUUGGGCUGGUGUUUCUACUUUGCUGGCCUCUGUUCAGUUCAGGAAUCCAAGGAGCGCUUUUUGCAUCUAUUGUAACUGGACUCAAUAUAAUAAGGAUGCUAUUGCUAGGCCUUGGAGUGUACCACGACGAAGGAACCAUCAAGUCUAUGAGCAGACAUGGAGAUCGCAGGGAACUACUUAAAGGACCUCUUUAUUAUGCACUGUCCAUCACAUUGGCCUGUAUCGUCUUUUGGAAAACAUCCCCAAUCUCGAUUGCUGUAAUAUGUAACCUUUGCGCAGGAGAUGGUAUGGCUGACAUAGUGGGGAGGCGGCUUGGAACAGUGAGGCUUCCUUACAACAGAAACAAAUCAUUUGCUGGUAGCAUUGGAAUGGUCACCGCCGGGUUCUUAGCUUCUGUUGGGUAUAUGUACUACUUUGCUUCAUUUGGUUACAUCGAGGUUAGCGUGGGAAUGAUUCUACGGUUUGCCGUCAUCUCUAUAGCAUCAGCUCUUGUGGAAUCACUCCCCAUAAGCACCCAAAUUGACGACAAUCUCACCAUCUCCUUAACCUCUGCAUUGGUCGGUAUUCUACUCUUCUAAUAGUACCCUCCUCUCUUUGUUCUUCUGUAUCAUCAAAUAAAAAUAAAGGGUCGAAGCUUGAUUGCCCUGUGGUGUGGAGGUAAAAUUGCUGCAUUCAGAAUCCCCAUCUUCUUCUUGUAUAUGUACGUAUUAGUGAAUAAUCUCAUAUUGUUGUUGUCUAUGGAUCGUAAUUUUCAGCUGCUAGGUACAAUGUUGUAAUGUUCUAUCCAUUAGUGAGAAAUAUGACUAAUACAUAUGGAGCUUUCUAGCUCUCUCUAGAAGAAAGUUUCCAUGGAGCUUUGACGACCAAAAAAAGAGCACAUCAUUUUUUUCUGCAA